AUGACGAGGACAAAGGCACCCAAGGUGAAGAUGAAUGUGGAGGUUUUGGGAGCACCCACAUCACCAAAGCGGAGACAUUUGGGCAAAGCCUCAGCUGUGGUGACACCUCUCAAAGCACUCCGCAAAGCAAAGGAUGCCGGAAAGAAGCAAUACAAGCAUGCCACGAGUACGCAUAUCAGUUACGAACAGACUGUGGCUCAUAUGCGGAAGUGGGCUGCUCAGUACGAACCUUCCGAGGGUCAGGCCGUAGACAUUUCGCAUGGAGAUUCAACGUCUGAGGGCGCACUGGUUGUUGAUCCUGAGUUCCGAGAGGCAUUCAGCACCUGUCCCUGGCAUACUGAUAUAUCAAGUAUGAAGGUUAAAACCACGGACUGA